AUGAGUUAUAACAAGGAUCUCGGAAAUUCUACAAUGAAAAUCUUAUUAUUGAUUUCAUUAUUGGCUGCAAUUGUUAUUGCUGUUAGUGGACGUGAAUGUCCACUUUGUAAGGAUGAUCCUGGAACUGCUGCUCCUUGUACCUGUUCUGGAAAUAAAAUUCCAAAUGGUUGUGGUGGUCUUCCUCCUCCAGGAGUUUGCAUUAUAGCACAAAACUGUUGCGAAUUUCCCAAAGCAAGAAUAUGUCAACAAGUGUAAUAAAAAAAUAAAAUAAACUCAGAUUAAACAAAAUCUGAGACAUACUAAAUAACUCUUUUACAUAAUA